AAACAACCCUUUUUAUUUUCCUCAUUCCUGAAACCUCCAAACCUGGUUGACUUGUCAGGGUGCAUUUUGCACAUUCCUGCUAGCAAGCCUGAAGGAUACGCCUAGUUCAGUCAUUGCUGGAAGGACAGAGAACAAGUAGUGUGAUCUGACGCAGGUCUCUCUUCACCCUGGGAUUGCUGCCGAAUUCCAGCAUCAGCGUGGAGAUGGAAACCUGGAGCGCUGCAGUAUGAGCUGUAUGGAGGGACAGGAACUCUGCCGGGUGGCUGAUAAGAAAGCAGUACAUUGGGGCACAGACAAAAGUCCCUAGAAAUGGAAGAGAGGAAGGACUCCACAAAGCUGAGCAAAUGCAAGCAGCCUGUGAAAACAGAGUGGGGAGCCCAGUGUGUGGUGUUUACCUACUUCCAAGGAGACAUUAACAGUGUGGUGGAUGAGCACUUCUCUAGAGCACUGAGCGCAUCCAAAACUCCACAGGAUUUGAGCAGAAAGAACAGUGGUGAGGAUGGAAUUGUAAAACAUGAAAGCCACACAUCUUCCCAGCAGUGGAACUUCUCGCCGCAAUGGGCUAAGCCGUACCAUGCACCGCCUCCUUUAAACCUAUCUAGCUCGGAUGAUAAUGCAGCUGCUGCAGCGACAAGCCCCUAUCCUCCUCCUCUUCUCCAGGGCAUCACACCACCAGCUACAGAGCUAUGGCAGUUGCCUUCAGGGGGCAACCCAAAUUUGACUGCAGCUUCAGUGUACCCUCCCUCUAUGCCCGACGUGCAUAUGACGCAGGGGUCUGUGUCAGAUGGGAAAUACGGGUCCCUGCUGGGUCUCCUGCAACAGGAAAGGUGUCCUUCGUCGGUCCAGGAGCCUCUCAAUUCUGGAUCUGCUUGUCCUACCAGCUCUGCUAGGUUACAAAAUAUGAGCCAGAGUUUAACUUCUGGGGGAGGUAUCCUUGAAAAUGAUAGAAGAAGAGAUCUCUACUUUUAGAAAAUGGACACAUUUGUUUAUUGUUUCUGGCACAGAGGAAUCUCCUGUGUGGACAUUUUCCAAACAACAACAACAGCAAUCAGCCACUGUGAUGAAGAGGAGAACAUCAGUCAUCCCCACCUCCAACCUCCGUUUGCAGACCUUCCGGUGCUCCUUUGAAAAUAUAUAUGCUGGGUGUGGGGAAUCUUCAGCUUUCCAGAUGUUGCUGGACUACAGCUCCUAUCAUCAGUGGCCUUUGUCCAGGCUUGCUGGGCUGAUGGGAGUUGUAGUUCAGCAACACCUGGAGAGCCAAAGGUUGCCUCCCCCACAACACCUGGUCUAUAUACAAGAACAUGCUACCACGUACACCAUGUUUUUUAAUUUCCCUUUUGCUUGCCUUUUCAACAACCCUAAUGCAGCAUGCUUGGCACAUGGGGGACUCUUUCCAUCUGGAAGACCCCCAGAUCCUACUUUUCACACCAGCUGAAGCUUGCCAUCAACUUCCAGAGUGUUUGCUGGUCGUCAAAAGAGAAGAGAAGCACCAGCUGUGGUGGAGGUGCAUGGCUGCAGGCGUAAAAACUCUAUGGGGUGUGAUAAGAAAGCCAGACCUUAGAGAUCAUUGUGUCAGUCUAGAUUCUCCAAUAUCUGAUAUGUGUUAAUGGAUGUGAAAAUUAUUUGUUUUCCUGAAGAAACAAAAUAAAAAAAUUCCUUCCAGUAGCACCUUAA